AUGCCAUGGAAAAGGCCAGCUGGUUGGGAACUCAUGGAGGAGUGCAGGGACCAUAUGCAGAGGAUUAGGCUUAUGGGCAUAUACGUAUUCAAGGUGGUGAUAAGACCAGGAUUCCUCCCACAGCUGCACAUGGGCAGUGUGGUCUUGGUGAUGGUUGGUGAGGUCCUUCCUGAAGAGUCCCAAGAAGGAGAAGACUUCUUCCUUCUUCAGGAGACUGUCAGUGACAGGGCUGCAUUUUUCUCAAGCAGAUUAGAAUGUUUUGAAAAGAGGCAGAAUUGUCUAACUGACCAUGAAUUUUGGAGUAAGAAAGACAUGGGUUUGAACUGGCCAUGCAACCUCUUAUCCCCAGUUUUCCUCUCAGCAAAAAUGGGGGUGGUAGUACACGUCUUUUGGAUAGCUAUUACAUAA